UAUCAUUCACAAGUUUAGUAAAGAAAAUAACAUAUUGGUGUCGCAUCUAGCGAUACUUGUAUAGUUAGUGCUUGAGUUGAUUUCCGCCAGAAAAGACGAAGACCGUUUCUUAUUGUCGUUUAUCCCGACACCUGAAAACAUGGCCGAGCAAGAAGAAACUCAGAAGAAGAAGAGGACUUUCCGGAAGUUCACCUUCCGUGGAGUUGAUCUCGAUCAACUCCUGGACAUGCCAAAUGAGCAGCUCAUGGUUUUGAUGCAUGCUCGUGCCAGAAGGCGGUUCUCUCAUGGUUUGAAACGCAAGUCUAUGGCUCUUGUGAAGAAGCUGCGAAAAGCUAAGAAGGAGACACCACCAAAUGAAAAACCAGAAAUUGUCAAGACUCAUUUGCGUAACAUGAUCAUUGUACCUGAAAUGGUUGGCUCUAUUGUUGGGGUUUACAAUGGCAAAACAUUCAAUCAGGUAGAAAUCAAGCCGGAAAUGAUUGGCCAUUACUUGGGAGAGUUCUCUGUUACUUACAAACCUGUAAAACACGGUAGACCUGGUAUUGGUGCCACGCAUUCUUCAAGAUUUAUUCCACUUAAAUAAUUUGUACUCUUACAAAUAAAAUAUUUAAAAGUUAA